AUGGCCACUGGAGCAGCUUACAUGAUGUUUAGGUGUGUCUUUGAGGGAAGCUUAUCAAUGUGCGACAUGGAUACCGAGCGGAGACCAUAUCAUCGCAAUUGCACAUGCGCACUGCACAAACAGAAAGGCACCGGCUCAAAUGCUAUUUCACAUAGGCGGACUAUUUCAUUCCAAAAUAAAGAAUUAUGGAAUAAAUGUUCCUUAAUAUCCAUAUCAGCUUCGACCACCUCUUCUUCAUCUUCUUGUGAUGGCAACCCAUCAGCUAGGAGUAGGGAGUGCAGCAAUGAGACUCCAGGUAGGUUGUAG